UUGGUGGGAAAAAAUUUGCCUCGUGGCCUAGAUCGUAUAUUAUUUGAAGCGGGAUAUGACGCUGAAUCGGCACUUGCAACGAUAAAUACAAAUUCAAUAAAAAGUAUAGAAGACUACAUAAACGAAAAUAAUAAAGAAGUGUUGAAAAAUACAGUAUAUGAAAAUUUGUUGGCAAACGAUUUGCAAUUUAGAUUAAAACCGGGGAACAAGGCACUUAUUUUGAGUUUACCGAAAUCACUACAAGAAUCCGAAGCGAAAAAAAACCAGUUUGUGCACAGCCACUGCCAAAUUUGCCAAGCGAAGUGGAAAUUCUCCGGAAAUCUCUUGUAGAUAAAUUAACAAAAUUUGCAAAAAAGUGUGGCAUUGACAUAUUAUUCAGUGAAACCUCAAUUUUUGAUUUUUGUACAGAAAACGCAGUUCAUAAGUGUCGUGUUGAGUGCCCUUUUUGUGAAAAAAAAAUUAGAUGUGAAUAUAAGCGGUACUGGCUGGUCAGUAAUUUUGAAAAACAUUUAAAGGUUCAUUUUGCUCGCGACAUUCAGUUUGAAACUGUCAGCAUUGAACCACACGACACAUCGGCGCCAAUCGAAACCGGACAGUCACAUCCUUUCGUAUCGUAUGUUAAUAGUCAAUCGAAAGAAUUAGACGAAGUUCUUACCGACUGAAAAUAAGUAAAAAUUUGUCGAAAAAACUCAUAUCAUGGUUUACUUCGUGGUUUUUUUGCGUGAGCUCCGGAAAAAUGUGGUUUUGCCAGCCACGUGGAUAAAGGACAUAGACAAACAUUACGAAAAGUUCAUGAACAAUAGUCUUAAUAGCGCACAGCAGCAUUUAUGCUUCUACAAUUCGAAUGCCGAAGCACAAAUCGAUGGCCGUCCCGACGAAAAUGUUGUACCAGACUUCAAUUCGGAACAUUGCUUCCAUGGCAAGUUGAAACAUUAUCACGUGCGCUACGAGGACGCCGUUGAAUUUAUGAAUCAUCUACGCCAUGUCGAACCAGCGGUUUAUAACCAGCGCCGUUUGAACGAAUUGCCGAUUCCAGACCUUGAAAGCCAGUUGACUGAAACAACAGAUUUCACCGACACACUAAACACUUCUUAUGAUUCAGCUGCCGAUGAAAACGCCGAAUCAGUCGAUUCCAGCGGAAAUGAUCAAUCAUUAGUCAGCUCACUUGAAGAAAUCAUUAAUGAUCCAAACCAAGAACUUGAAGUAAGCGAUGUGAACGAUGGCGAAAUCACGAACAGCACUGAUCCCUUGGCAGUAACGGUCCAUCAAAACUGUCAGGCGUCCAGCGAAGUUCAAAGCGUUUCCACUCAAAUUGUGGCGACUUCAUCAAAUACCGACGAAUCUGGUUCCCUAAACGCUACGGUUCAAAACAACGAACCUAAUCAAUCUAAUGACAUUCGGAUUGUGGCAGUCGAAAGUUUGGUUGACUCGGCAAGUAACAAAAAUGGCAUGGACAAUGAGCAGCAACCAAGUGACACUGUAGUCACAGAAGGAACGAUUGAUUCAGAAAACGACGCACAAAAUUUGGAAUUGGAUUCAUUGGCCACUGGUUCUAUUGAUCGAAAAAGUAAUGUGGUCCCGUUAUUCAAUGUUCAUGACGCCAACAACGAUGAAAUUGAUCAGUUAUUGGAAGAACCGGAAGAGAUAGUUUAUGAAGAUGAUGUUGUGAUUAUGGUUGGACGGCAUGGACUUCCAAAACCGAUGGCAGCGACCGAAGAUGAUAUGAUUAAGCGAGAAAACGAUCAAAUGACUGGGAACAUCCCGUUCAACGAAACGGGUAACGGAAGAAUUUACAAAAUCGGUGGGAAGCUAAUCGAGAUUCCAAAGAAAGCAGUUGAAAAAAUCAUUGAAUGGAAUGUUGGCCCAAGACGUGACGAUACCCAAUAUGAUCGCAAAGUUUGCCAUUCAUUGUUGCUGUCUUUGGUAGCCAAAGAACAACUCCAAGCUGUUGAUGCUGCUGUGAUGGAAUUCAUAAAGGAUUGUUUCAUCAUUCGUUGUUCUGGUUCUGGUGUCAACUUCGAAGAUCGUGUCGGCCGUAUUGAUGUAUACAAGGACGAAUUGUCGAUCAAGUUGUGCGGCAAAAAUUGCGAUGCCUCUACAUUGAAGAAGUAAAAAUGUGUUCAAUGCUGUUUUUCGCCUCAUUAUUUUUGAUUUACUUUGAUUUAUUUUUACUAACGGAACAUUAUCUAACGUAUUUAAAAGUCAAUGUUCCUGGCAAAAAAAAAUGCAAACCAACAAAUUCCAUUAAACAAUGAAAUGAUUUAAUUUUAAUACAUGCAACUCAGAUUCUCAUAGCAACAGAAACGUACAAACAAGAAAGACUUAAAAGCUUUAAAAUACCAAAUGAAAAAGACUAGAACAUUUUUCUAUAAGAAU